CUAUGCACCAUGCACUGUCUUCAAAACUCACAGCAACACUAUUACACUACUAGUUUUCCUUUGAUUUCACAUUCACAAUCCACUUCCUUCUUUGUCUCUCUCUCUCAGCUUUUUCCCCUGCACUUAUCUGUUCCACUAUAUCUCUCCUUUCCAAUUUCCAUUUUCCACGCACCGAUACUUUGAUAAACUGCAUCAAACCAAACAUUAUGGAAUUUUUGAACAUAUAAUUGUUUAGGAGAAAGAGUACUCAAUUUAGUGAUUAAUGGCACUAAUUUCUGAGCUUUUGGCUAGUGUAAUACUAUUGGUGACAAGGGCUUUCACUAUAUUUAAGCUGGUAUGCUUGUUUGCUAUAAGAACUGCAUUAUUUGUAAUUUACACUUGGAUAGAGUCGGUUUGGACUGCAAUAAUCUUCAAUGUAAACAUAAUAUUGAGAAUUAUGUCAUGGACAUUUGGGCUUAUCUUCUUGCCUGCAAGAAUUGUGAAUGCCAUUCAUAGGGAGAGGCAGCUGGAACAAAAACUACAUCAAAUGCAGACUGAGAUGGCAAAUCUAGAGUGGAGUCAUAAGAAACUUCAAGAACGCUUCCAGAUGGCUGUCAAAGAAUGCAAAAUGAUGGAGAUGCUACUGGCAGAGCUUGAAGAGGAACAUGAUAUGGCCAUUGCAAAAAUUGAAAACUUAGAGAGAAAGUUGAAGAAUCAGAUAAACGAAAAUCUUCGGCUCAAAGAAAUUCAAGGAAAGGGAUACUGGAACUCCAAAGAUCAAAACAUCGAAAACGACCAAAAGAUUGACGACAGCAGCUAUAGCAUUCCUCCUACCCUGCCAGGGAAAUCUAGUUACACUGGCACUGGAGUUGCCCUUCAGGAUCUUCUGAAGCACAAAGAUAUUUUGGAAGAAGGGAGCCAAACUAGAACUGAGUUGCUUAAACUCUUGAAAACUGGACCAAAACCCGAACAUCUUUCCGCAGAUAAAUCUGAACCAAUCUCAAAAGAUUUAGUAGAAAUGAGCGAAGUACUCGAUCACCGACAGAUUGCUAUUUCGCAGUCAAUUUUCAGCGCCAUUUUGUCACUUACAGUUGGAGUGACUGCUUGGGAAGCUGAGGACCCUUGCAUGCCUCUUGUUGUAGCUCUCUUUGCUGUAGUAGCCAUGUCUUUGAAGAGUGUGGUUCAGUUUUUCUUCACCAUCAGAAAUAAACCUGCAUCUGAUGCAGUUGCUCUUUUAAGCUUCAAUUGGUUCAUUCUUGGCACUUUAACCUACCCUACACUACCAAGAGUUGCACCAAUGCUGGCACCACUAGUGUUACGUUGUAUCGACCAAACCGUUAUCGGUUCGGUCUCCUUUCCUUAGUUUGAUAUUGUUUAUCUUUCUGGUUUGUGUUCUAUUAUAUGAGUCUCUUUUUGUGGUGUAUGUUUCUUAGUACUUGUAAACUGUAAUUUGUUUGUUUGUGUUGAUAUAUGUUGUCUCUUUUUUUUUCUUUCAAGUUUCCAGCACCAUAGCAUUGGAAAGUGAAUCUGUUUUUCCAGCA